CACCCCAGUCAGCUAAAGUUAGAGCUUCAGCUGUUCAGUUGAGUGACUAGUCAGACAAGUUAUUUGUCACGCUCCUUGAGGAUUGCCAUUCUUUCCAAGGAAUAUUUAUCAAAAGGAUGACGGCUGCAGGCAAAAGCAGCGUGUUUUUGGUGGUCUUGACCUUUCUAUGGACUUUUACCAGAGGAGAUGCUGAAAUCUGUGUGUUCAUGCAAAGCUGCAUCUUACCGUGCACUUUUCGGGCCAGCUCUGACGUGGUCAUCCAUUGGAUUCAGGUGACAGGAAACACUCCUGUUCACUCCUACUACCACAACCAAGACCAGCUCGCAUUCCAGGGCCAGAAUUUCAGCGGCAGGACAUCACUGUUCAAGGACCAGAUCUCCACAGGAAAUGCUGCACUCCAGCUUACAGAUGUACAGGUUCAGGACCAGGGCAGAUACAAGUGCUACACCAGCACCGUCACUGGCAACAUGGAGUCUUUAAUUAACCUACAGGUGGAAGCUACAACACAUCUGACUGAUAACAUUUCACUCCCAGGAAGAGGAGCAAGAUAUUUAUGCCAGUAUGUGAGAGAAUAAGGUCAUCUAGUAGAUUAGGGACACCUGCACCUGCAAACUUAGUUUUGUGAGAAAUGUCUUGUGCUGAUUGCAAAACCCUCAAAACAAUCAAAACAAGGCUUUCUGUGGUGAAGCACUAGUUUAUUUGAUUAUGAAUAUUUAGAGGUUUGAAAAGAAAGGCAGUGUCUGAGGUACUUUGCCCUGAUUUGUCCACC